AUGGAGGGUCUGGGCCGUUCGUGCCUGUGGCUGCGCAGGGAGCUGUCGCCCCCGCGGCCUCGGCUGCUGCUCCUUGACUGCCGAAGCCGCGAGCUGUACGAGUCGGCGCGCAUCGGCGGGGCGCUGAGCGUGGCCCUGCCGGCGCUGCUGCUGCGCCGCCUGCGGCGGGGGAGCCUGUCGGUUCGCGCGCUCCUGCCGGGGCCGCCGCUGCAGCCGCCCCCGCCCGCCCCGGUGCUCCUGUACGACCAGGGCGGGGGCCGGCACCGGCGCGGGGAGGCGGAGGCCGAGGAGUGGGAGGCCGAUUCGGUGCUGGGCACCCUGCUCCAGAAGCUGCGAGAAGAAGGCUACCUGGCAUACUACCUACAGGGUGGCUUCAGCAGAUUCCAGGCCGAGUGCCCCCACCUGUGUGAGACCAGCGUCAGCAGCCGUGGUGGCCCAAGCACGGCCCCAGCGCCCAGCCCAGUGGUGGGGCUGGGUGGCCUGUGCCUGGGCUCUGACUACUCUGAUGCAGAAUCCGAGCCUGACCGCGACUCCAUGAGCUGUGGCCUGGAUUCAGAGGGUGCCACGCCGCCCCCAGGGGCGCUGCUGCCGUCCUUCCCUGUCCAGAUCCUGCCCAACCUCUACCUGGGCAGUGCCCGGGAUUCGGCCAACGUGGAGAGCUUGGCCAAGCUGGGCAUCCGCUACAUCCUCAACGUCACCCCCAACCUGCCUAACCUCUUCGAGAAGAACGGCGAGUUUCACUACAAGCAGAUCCCCAUCUCAGACCACUGGAGCCAGAACCUGUCCCAGUUUUUUCCUGAGGCCAUCUCGUUCAUUGAUGAGGCCUUGUCCCAGAACUGCGGGGUGCUCGUUCACUGCCUGGCAGGCGUCAGCCGCUCUGUCACCGUCACCGUGGCCUACCUCAUGCAGAAGCGCCACCUCUCACUCAACGAUGCCUACGACCUGGUCAAACGGAAGAAGUCUAACAUCUCACCCAACUUCAACUUCAUGGGGCAGCUGCUGGACUUCGAGCGGAGCCUGCGGCUGGAGGAGAGGCGCGCCCGCGAGCGCAGCAGCGGGGGGCAGGAGUCUGCUGCCUCCGACCCACCCUCCUUCUUCACCACCCCCACCAGCGAUGGUGUCUUUGAGCUGGACCCCACAUAG